ACUUCUCUCUCAGACCUACCACCUCUCCACUUUUCUGUUUGUUCCAUCUUUUCUCAUGUCCCCAUCGUCCUAUAUAUGCCAACAUUCCUCUCCUCUGUUCAUUCCCUCCCCUCAUUCCAAUUGUUCUCUAAUCAUUUUGUUGUCCCUGUUUGUUUCCCUCCUCACACUCCUCUUCUCCUCAAUAUCUACAUCAUCAUCAUUAUCAAAUUCAUCAUUUCUCAAUCUAGGCUUCUUCUUCAUGGAGACUGUGGAAUUGAAGGUGGAGAUGGUUGGCAUACAUGAGAAGAGACUCAGGAAAUGCUUAUCAAAAAUAAAAGGGAUUGAGAAGGUUGAAGUGGAUGUUAGCAGUCAGAAGGUUACUGUAACAGGGUACACGCAUCGGAACAAGAUACUCAAGGCUCUCAGAAGAGCUGGAUUGAAAGCAGAGUUUUGGUCUGCACAGAAUGAACUCCUUAAUGCCUAUGCCAGUGCAAGCUAUGGAAGCUUGAGAUUCAGCAAUUUCAGCUUCUUCUAGUGUUUUCUUUUCUUCUUGACCAUACACUAACGCUUGACGUUUUUUCAUUGGUUUUAUAUGUUUCUGCUCUCAUCUGUCCUGUUUUUGUUUUCUUUCUUUUUCUUUGAAAAAGGAAAGGGCACUUGUUCCUCACAUAGAGUGAAAUGACGAAUAUCAAGUUUCUUUA